AUGGCUUCGUCCUCGCAGAACACCGGCCACUCUGGAACGAGACUGGGUCGAAUAGUACAUGCUUGCCUCCUGAGUGGCGAGCUGCUGGUGGUGGAGUUGUCACCGGGAUCCGAUGCAGAGGAAGUCAGGAGCCAAGUCGCUCAGCGCCUAGGGCUCCAUCCCUUUGAGGUGGCGCUGCUUCAGGAUGGGAAGAAGCUGCAGGAUUGUGACCAUGUCCUGGGAGAUGUGUCGGUGCUGGUGCAGCCUUUCCUGUCUCAGGAUGUUAUUGAUGAGCUGAUUCAGAACAUGAGAGCAGCCGGCGUUGCCUUCUCUGAAGGGAUGACGGACGAAGAGGUCCGUCAAGCCGAAGAGAACUGCAAGAUCUGCUUCCCGCCGGACCUGAAGCUGUUCCUGCAGACUGCCAUGCCAGAGGGGCCCGAGUUCCCGAACUGGCGCCGAACGGUUGCGGUCAGUGUGCACGACCAUCACGCUGUGAUGCGGGAUGACAUCCACGCAAGACUGGGAGGUGUACAGAGCUUCUGGUACACGGAGUGGGGGCCGCGCCCGGAGGACAGAACUGAGCGUGCUUCGCUUACGGCAAGGCAUCUGAAGGGGGUGCCGCGGCUCAUUCCUGUCUACCGCCAACACUUUGUGGUGAGUGGCACGCCUGCUGGUCAACCGGUGCUGGGCGUCGCUGAUCCAUCAAGAAUGUGUCUCUUAGCCACCGACCUGGCUGCAUACUUCUCACUGAUCUUCAACUUCCGGCCGGUGCGCCCGUACUUGAACUGCCCGGUGGUGACUGCAACCUUCUGGGGGGAGAUCGAGAAGCAUCUGCACCUGGACCCCAUUGAGCAGCGCCGCUUUGCGGAAGGCUCUGGGUUCCGCUAUCCAGACCGGCCCCAUGUGGUGAUCACCGCAAGUCGAGACAUGGGCCGCACUGCCUCCACGUGGGUCUUCAAUGCCACGCGUCUACUUUUCCGACAGGCCAAAGAGGCCUGCGACUCGUACUGGAUGCGAUGCCUGGACCGUUCCAAAAUUCAGCAUCGCCUGGAGACUGGAGCCCAUGUGGUGAUCAAGACGCACGAGUGGACGGGCGAGAUGUCGAAAGCAGCGUUUGAUGAGGUGUCGCCUAUGUUCACGCACGUGAUCGUCAGCGUGAGACAAGGCUUCGCCGAGGAUCCGGCUUGGAUGAAGGUGGCCACACAUGUUAUUCAUUUCGAAGAGCUGGUGGCCUAUGACAAGGACCACCCGGAGGAUCCCGCAAAGAUCGGGGCAAUCAGUGUGCUGCGGAAGCUCGCCAACCAUUUGGGCCUUUCGUCCCUCACCGAGCACGACCUUCGGUGUGUGGACUACGAUUUGAUGACGUUGCCAAUGCCACGCUUCGGCUGCGACCAAACUACGAAACUCUGGCCUUUCCACGGUCGACGUGGAGGGCGUCCGAUCCCACGACUUGAUCCACGAAGUGAAUGA